AUGCUGCGCUUGCGUCAACACUCGAUGCUGGCUGGCCUGGCGGCUGUCGCCAUGCUCUUCAGCUGCGUCAAAGCCUCUCCGCUGCCUCAAGGCGAAGGAGCAUCCGCUUCAGCUUCCUCUGGUAGUCUCGCCGCUGGUGGCGGUGUCGCUGGAUUUGACAGUAACGGCAAGCCUAUCGCUGCGACCGGUACUGUCAGCAUCAACCACAACCGAGCCAACGCUAGAGCUAAGGCUCUGGGUGUCAAGGUUGAAGACCACCUGAACGGAUACCUGUUCAUCUCCUACAAAGAUGAGACCGAAGCUGUUUAGUGAGUAAAUGCGAGGUGCCGCGUCGCACGAAGUAUUCCUUCGCAGGCUCCUUCAGAUCGAUCGCCUAACAACCUUUGACCCUGUUGUGUGACCCAGUGCUCAUCUUUCGGUAGGCAACAGCCCGCUCAAGUACACCGUCGUCAACGAGGGCCAGCCCAUUCUCAGAUCUGAAGUCGGAAGCAAGUCAAUUCGAGACCCAUACCUGAUCUCGAAGCCUGACCGCUCCCAAAGCUGGAUCAUCGGCACGGACGUCAACGUCCGCCAGUACAAUGGAGACUAUGGCAAGGUCCAGAGAAAUCAGAGCCGCGGCAUCGUCAUCUUCGAAUCCAAUGGGGCAAGCCUUUCCGACUGGAAGCCCGCUCGUAUCUCUCCUCCUCUCAUCGAUGAAAGAGCUGGCUUUGUCAAUGCACCUUCGGCCGUGUGGGAUCCCAUCAAGAACGCCUUCCUCGUCACCUGGGGUAGCGCUGUGUUCAAGACCGCCCAACAAGAUGACAAGGAUCAGCCCCCUACCUUCAUCUGGAGCGCCUACACCACCGAUUUCCAGACCUUCUCCAAAGCUCAGCCUUACUACACUCCCAAGGACGGCGCUGCAACUGACAUGGCCAUCGCUGCUCUGAACGGCACCACUGACAGCAAGUCGUUUGCCCGCUUUUUCCGCGACGACACCAACGGCACGCUCAAGGUCCGCGGCCAGAUCAGCCGUGAUGGUGUCAAUGGCAAGUGGAUCGACAUUGGAGGCACCGACGGCUUUGUGGACCCUAAGAACAACAACGGCGGACCUCUGCUCUUCAAGGACAACAUCGACCAAAGCAGGUGGCACAUCUGGGUGGACGGCUUUGUCUCUGGCUACAGACCCUUUGAGACCAACGACAUUGCCCAACCCCACCCUCAACCCAGCUCGACAGAUGGCUUCCCUGUUGGUAGCAAGCAGGGCAACGUCGUCCCUCUGACUGAGGCCCAAUACAGCGCUCUGUCCAAGGCCUGGGACGUGCCUGCUCCCGCCGACACCGCGACAGGCGCGACCCCUAGCACCACCCCUGCUACCACGCCUGAGCACUAA